UUUCCAAGCAACGGAUCAAUAGGUUCGCAUGCUACACAGUGACACGAAAAAGGUGCUCUUACUAUUUUUUUUUCAAAAAAUGGAAAUCAACCGAAUGGAUUUGCCGGGGAUUUCGCAAUAAGGGGGGAGAAUGGGAUCAAAUAUAAAAGAUUUAAUUAUUCCGUUGAUUUUAAUCGAUGAAAGACGCGCGGAGCAAGAGAAGAGGUGAAAAAUCUUAUAGAUAAUAAUUAAACGUUCUUGUAACGGUCUUGAAAUCAGUGAAUGGGUGCAUCUAAUUUAGUAAAAAGCACAUCUCGGCUUGUAUUUCAGUGUAGUUGUUUUUCUGACGGCAAUUGAUAGAGUGUGAUCUCGACUGAGAUUUAGAUUUUUGAUAUCUUGUGAUUGGUGCUGUGGAAUUAUUCGUUUUUUAUUUGAAAACUUCCGAUACAGAAAUGUGCGACGACGACAUUGCAGCCUUGGUUGUUGACAAUGGCUCCGGUAUGUGUAAAGCAGGAUUUGCAGGAGAUGAUGCACCUAGAGCUGUCUUUCCUAGUGUCGUUGGACGCCCUAGAUAUCAGGGCGUCAUGGUAGGCAUGGGCCAAAAAGACUCAUACGUCGGAGACGAGGCUCAAACUAAACGAGGAGUUCUGACAGUAAAAUACCCAAUAGAACACGGCAUCGUAAACAAUUGGGACGAAAUGGAAAAAAUCUGGCACCACACCUUUUACAACGAACUUAGGGUGUCCCCUGAGGAACACCCUAUUCUACUCACGGAGGCUCCUCUGAAUCCUAAGAUCAAUAGGGAAAAAAUGACGCAGAUAAUGUUCGAAACUUUUGGUUGUCCUGCGAUGUACGUCGCUAUACAGGCUGUGCUGUCGCUUUACGCCAGUGGCAGGACAACCGGUAUAGUGAUGGACUCUGGGGAUGGUGUUUCACACACUGUGCCCAUCUACGAAGGUUACGCCGUACCCCACGCCAUCCUCAGAAUGGACCUAGCAGGCAGAGACCUCACCGACUACCUGAUGAAAAUCCUCACCGAAAGAGGCUACAGCUUCACCACCACUGCUGAGAGAGAGAUAAUCAGGGACCUGAAGGAAAAGAUCUGUUUCGUAGCCCUCGACUUCGACAAAGACCUGGAGAAGUCAGCCAACGGCAGCUUCUUCGACAAGGCCUACGAACUCCCGGACGGCCAGAUUAUAACCUUGGGAAGCGAAAGGUUCAGGUGCCCUGAGGCGAUGUUCCAGCCCUCCUUCUUAGGCAUGGAAACCCCAGGUAUCCACGAGACCACCUACAACUCCAUCAUGAAGGGGGACAUGGACAUCAGGAAGGACUUGUACGCCAACAUCGUUUUGUCAGGCGGUAGCACCAUGUUUCCAGGCAUAGCCGACCGUAUCCAGAAGGAGAUAGCAGCUUUGGCACCGGCCUCCAUGAAAAUCAAGAUUAUAGCUCCUCCAGAGAGGAAGUACUCGGUAUGGAUUGGUGGUAGCAUUUUGGCUAGCUUGACCACCUUCCAGCAGAUGUGGAUAUCGAAGCAGGAAUAUGAGGAGUCCGGCCCUGUAAUUGUGCAUAGAAAAUGCUUUUGAUUCUUUUUUGGAUUAUCGUCUCUGUUAUUUAUUGUCUUGAUAUUGAUUGUCUAGGAUUUAAAUAUAUUGUUUUCUAUUUUU